GCUGCUUUAUACUCAUUCUGAAGCAAGCCUUUCUUUCUCUUCUUCUGUUGGGCGCAAAACAUUGAGCGUCAACCAUUUCGUUCGAAAAAGAAAUUCCUUGGAAAGAAGCGACGACGCGAAAUCGUUUCGCCAACUUCUCUGAUCUCGAGAAAGAUGAGCAAUGCCCUUUAACUGUUACGAGGAUAAGAUCGUCAACGUCCAAAACGAGGACAAGCCUAUUCCUGUUUUGUCUCGUCCUGAAAAUCUCUCUGUAGCAGUCUUCCUCGAUCGUCAAUAGGAGUAGAGCGUGUCGUUUUUUGGGGAGAAGAUUUGAUUUCUGUGGCGGAAUUGGUGGAUUUUUUAGGGCUUGGAUUGUUUUCGAGCAAUUUGGGGAUUUUGUUUGCGGAAUCGAAUGGCCGCUGCUGCGGCUUGUAGGCGGUGGGGACAAUUGGAAACCAAGCUGGGGAUAACCGGAUUUAGAGGGUUUGCUUCAACUUCAAUAUGCGAUCCGUUAUCGGCUUCUUUGGCUUCGGUUUUUCCAUAUAGGCAUCUGCAUUGUAGGCAAAUUUCUCAGCUUGUGCAAUCGAAUGGAAAGCGGUUGUUUCUCGUUGACACAUUAGCCCUAGUUAGGAAAUUAGAGGGACAAGGCGUGCCAUCAAACCAAGCCGAGGCUAUAACAGCUGCCAUAACCGAGGUUUUGAAUGACAGCUUGGAAAAUGUGUCUCAUUCAUUUGUUUCAAAGGGAGAGAUGCAGAAGAUUGAAAUGAUUCAAGAUUCCAAUCUGUCCAAAUUCCAAUCCGAAGUCCAAAGCUCACAGGGACACCAUUUUUCUUUGUUGCAACAUGAGACCGAAAAGCUUCGGAAUGAUAUAGAAAAGAUGCGAAGUGAAUUGAGGUAUGAAAUCGACAAAGUCACUGCUGGGCAGCGGUUGGAUUUGAAUCUUGAAAGGGGGAGGAUACGUGAUGAGCUAGCAAAUCAGAAUGCUGAAACUAAUAACCUCACAAAUAAACUUGAUCGGGAAAUCCACGCUUUAAGGGCCCAAUUGGAAGCAGCAAAAUAUGACGUGAUAAAAUACUGCAUAGGUACUCUUGUUUCCAUCUCUGCUGUUGGCCUUGCUGUACUCCGCAUCUUGAUGUAAACGUGUUGUAUUGUUUUGGAAAUUAAUGGGGACAACUCAAAAACGAGAAAAGAAUAGUCCAUUCUUUUGAAGAUGUUAUUUGUUUGAAAAGAAGGAAUAGAACUAGAGAAGCAAGAAAAAAUUGGACAAGUGUUAGUGGGGCUCAAGAAAGCAUUUCCCAUAUAGCUGUACUGACUUCUUUUCUUGGCCAAUUCUUUUGGUGUUCUUCCAUGAAAUUAUUUGCUUAACUUGUUUGUGCCAGAAGCAAUAACUUGAUGGAAAAUUUUGAUUUGUGGAAUUAUUUGCAUAUUCAAGAAAAAACCACCAGGUCUAAUAGGCUUGGUGAUUGUUAGCUUAGCACAACAUGAUUUAGGCUACUAAGAUUGAGAUGAGAGUUGCAGAGAAUCCUUAGUCGGUUAAGGUCCAGCUAUUUGUUUCAUGUAAUAUAGUGCAUGUAGUUUGAAAUAAUUGAAACAGCUAAUAUAACAAGGGGAAGUGCUUGUUUUUGAAUUUGCAUGUUUAUUUGCUGCUGAUCAUUAGUGGCAUUCGA